AUGUCAUUUCUGGUCGGAACGGCGUCGGGCGCCCUGGUGGCUGGUGGGGUCUACUACGGCUUCUCGGCGAUGAUGUCCUCCAGGACAGGACAGCACCAAUCUGACAUGCAUAACCUCUCGCAACGGCUUGUCAACGCUGCCGCGGAUAUCCCUACACCUGUUCCCGCCGCACAACGCAUACCCCAGAAGCCGUUCAUGGCGAUGAUCCAGCAGAAAUGGAACUCGCAGAUCGACGCCCUAUUCCGCGGGACUCGGGACUUGGACCAGCAGGUGGAGGAUUGGGGACGGAGAACACUGUAUGGAGGAGAUGCCAGCCGGAAAUCCCAGUAA